AAACAUUUGCUGGAGCAGAUUCAGUUAAAACUGUUUAGCAUUGAGCCACUGUUUUCUAGCGUGAGAUUGCUCGAAUCAUUCAUACAAUCAAUGCUCCAGAGCAUUCAUCCAGCAUUUUCAAAGAAACAUUUGCAGAAACUAAAUACUCUUCAAAAAGAUGAUUGCAGUACAGCUUCGGAAUUUGAUAACAAAUUCAGCCUCCAGUUUAAACCUGUAAUAAAGAGCCUGUUGGAAACACUGGUUGCUUGUUCGGUAUCAGUGGAUUGUUUUCAAGCCAUUCUAACCUUCUACCUGGACCUGGUAUCAGUAAAUCCGACACCGACAGAUUUGAAGAACAUAUUUUUGCUCACAAGAAAAGCUUCUUUUUUAGAGGUUGCUGUUUUGAGGGCGUUGUUGGAAGUGCUGCAGAAUGUCGCGGUCGAGCCCAAAGAAGUGUUUAUUUUUCCUCAGAAAGCUCAUGCUGAUGCCGUGCAACGGUCUGAUGAAGGGAAUGUAUCGAACGAAAGCAGUCAUAUUGCCCCUGGACAUCAUGCGGCUAACAAAGGACCCCGUGGUCCGAAUGAAUAUCGUUAUUUCCACAGACAGUGCGCAGUGCAGUUUCAUCUUGAUCAAAUGUCGUUGCAUUUGAAUGACGGGUUUGGUGUUUCCUUUUGGUUGCGCGUAAAAAAGGGGCAGGAAAGGGUUGGUUUACUUCUUAAUCCUCAUUUUGAGCAGUUGUUUUAUUCAUAA